CGAAACUUUAUCGGUCAGGCGGAAAUGAGUUGCCGAACUGACAGCGGCUUUGCACGCAGUGAAUCAAUGUGCGCAGUUGUUUUUGCCGGACUCUGGCACACAGAUCCAUUUGCACUAUCAGCAGAACACUGACAUGUGAAGAUGAGGUGCUCCCACUGUGGCCAUAAUAUUGUGGAGUUGAAAGCCAAAUUCUGUAGUGAAUGUGGAAAACAGCUGUCAAGCCAACCACAAAAAAGCACAACAGACACAGCAUGUAAGCCCAAGUCUUUGAUAGCUGACUUGGACAGUACAACUGAGAAGUCUGUUUUGCAGAAAGACAUUCCACCUGGUGACAGGAGGGAAUCAAACCAAUAUCCCAAGCGACCUAAUGAAGAAAGUGUUAGUGUACCAAAGAAAAAGAAGAAAAAGAGGAAGAGAAACAGAAAGAAGAAAGAUGGGAGUGAAGAGAAAGAGGAAAGCCUUUCUGACAUGUCUCACAUCUCUUAUGGAGCAAGAAGGAAGACAACACAAGAAGAAAAAGACUCUUCAGACAAUGACAGCUCAGAAAACGCAAUGGAUGAAACACAAGACUCACUUCAGUAUGAACUGGAGAGCCAGCCUAGUUCUCUAGGAGCUGAUAGUAGUGCUGAAACCACAUCUACCACUCAAAGUAAGGGAACCGCUGCCACAUUUCCACCAGAGGUGGCCAUGAACCUCCCAGAUAAUGGAACAGAGAACGAUAAGACACCACAAUCAGCUGGGGAGAAGAAAUCACAAGCAGAAGCACCUGACAGUCUAACCCCUGUUCCACAUUCAGGGGACAGCGUGAAUACAAUGUCAAAGUCUGGUUCCAGUGGUUCAAAGGUCAGUAAUGUGAAAGGCCAAAAGCCUGAAGGGAAAAAUCCUAAGAUGAACAAGGAUGUGGUUAAAGAUGAGCAUCCUGUACCGGACAAGAAUCCUAAUGUGGAUUCAACUACAGGCCAAACAGCAACACCUCAACACAAAGGGAAAAGUCAACAGAAACAAAAAGUGACACAAACUAAGGCAGCUGGACAAAUGGUUUUUGGCCCACAAAAGUUAUCACAGUUCAAAAGCGUAGGCUCCAGUGUGGAUCCUGUAGUAGUACCAUUGGAGGUUCAGCAAUCCGAAGGCCAACAGGACCCAAGUACAGCAGAAACAUCAGACGGUGGCGGUGGACGUAAACACGGUAGUGAGGAUAAGACUGAAUCCAACACUUCGCCUGAGCUGCCACCCAAAAGGCCACUGAGGAACAAGACCAUUGCAACACAUGACAGGCUUACAGUUUACUUUCAUGCUGUUCUCUCAAAGGAUUUCAAAUUUGAUCCAAAUGAAGACGGGAUUUUUAUUAAGGCAGGACAUCUAAUCGGAUCAUGGGAUGACAAUGCAGUUGAACUGUCAGCGACAAGGGAUCUUGGAGACCAUGGACUUUUAGUUGAAGGCUGUCUGGUGACGAGAAAAGCUGCUUGUAUUUCUGAAUCAAUACCAUACAAAUAUGUUGUCUACAAGGGAAAAAAGCAGAAAUAUGACUACGAAUACAUUUACAAACUUAAUCAUUCAGACGUCCCCACCAACAGAUGUUUGUUUGUGAAAGAAUGCUGCCUCAGUGAGGAAGGGGAGUGGCACCAGUAUGAUGACAUCAUUUGUGCUGAGCCUGGCAUCUUGCAGUCUGUUAAAGACAACUUAAAAGAAUUUUUCUCGAAAAAACAGAGGAGCCUGGUUAAAGGCAGAGAGAUUGCAGGGAAUGUAAUGCUGGAGUCCAUAUUUGAUCUUCUCAGAAGUUGGGAUGAUACUAAUCUGAAGAAUUUUCUAGUCCAGCUACACCAGUUUUUUGAGGUUUACUCAGACCCCUAUGUGUAUGAGGAGAAGGAGAAGAAGUGGUCCUCCUUAAACUAUACGAAAGAUGAUGUGAAGAAAAUGCUCAAAGAAUUCUUCCUCAAAAAAGUAAUUCCUCAGGUAGAAAAGGAUGGAGAUGGGAAGAGCCUCUACAUUCAGGACCCUGUGAAAGCGGCUUUGGUCAUGCAGUAUGUGUGUACACAGUAUGAAAUCAGACUGCAAGAUUCAGAGAUGCUGGGGCUUUGCAGUGCGCUGUGCUUGCCCGUGCACAGCAGAGAUGAUUUCCUUCAGUACUGGGCUGAUUUUUCUCAGCCUGUUUCUAGUCUCAAAGGUUUGCAAAAAGUGUUGGUGACUCUGAUAAAAGCUGUGAGACAUCUAGGAAGUCCCAAGUGGAUUUUGGUAAUUCCACUUCUCCACCUCCUCAAUGGCACCACAAAGCCCUUCUACUCUCAGACUUCAGGGAAUCUAAAGUUUGGCCCAUCCUGGGCAGGUCUGCAAGAUCUUGACGUGGGUAAUUCAAGACCCAUGAACGGUCAAGAGAGAAGGGCAUUGGUGAAGAUAAUUAAAACCUACAAUCAUUUGAUGAGAGUGGAUCCACUUGUAGCUCGGGCCUGUUUGUACUUUAUGUCACUUGAUGAACUGGAGGAGUGCAGCAUUGAAAUAAACAUUGAGCUUUUGGACAUGCUUCAUGUUUUCACGAAUAAGGCUCCUCUUGAGAUUAGCUAUAGCAACUUUGAGAAAGUAGCAGACAUCCUUUCACACAUAAUUGGGAAACUGAUUGAGAAAAAAUACAGCUAUUUUAAUGAGGCUUAUGGGAGAGAAUGCCUUGUAACAGCAGUGAAACUAUUAGAAAAGAUCUGCAAAGGAGUCAGACCUGCAAGCUACACCAUGAGGUUUACAGACAUUCCUGUAGUUUGCAUGAAUCUGGUUGCAGUGGUCUCAGGCUUUAUUCUAAUGAACAUCAAACAGUUGCCUCCUGAAGACGAGAGCGAUCUGCAAUAUGUGAAAGACCUGGUGAUGUGCCGUGCAUUGAAAACUGUUAGAGACUGGAUCAGUCAAUUCUUCAGACAGAGUUUGCUCACCAGAGGUUUGUCCUCCUUGUAUCUCAGAGUGGAGGCUACAGAAGAACUCGAAGUGUGGAAUAAUAUAAUCUCCCUUCAGUUUGAAGAUGUGGCUUGCACAAAAGAAUGGAGACAGAAAUUUACAAUGGAUUUUGAGGGCAAGUUUAAAAACGAGACUCCUUUGGAUCAGAUUGAAUUCUACUGCACAAAAAUCGAGGAGCUCAGUCAUUCCCAUCAACACAUUGCUGCUAUUAUUGAAAAAUGUGCUCUUGAAGCUGUUACAGCUUUGUGUCAGACAAAGUCUGAAGGCCAGCUGUUUGACAGGCUCAAGAUAAACUGGAAGUUUGGAAAACUCAUGUCAGCCAUAAUCCAAAAAUCAUGGCCAAAGGAUAAUCAGGGAAAUUAUCACGAAGAUGAAGAAGUCAUCCUGAAACAUCUCCUCUCCUGGUCUGCUGCCAAAGAUGUCUUCCAGCUACACGGUGCAGAUGAAAAGUUGAUUGAACAGCUCUCACCCGAUGCCACUGCCAGAAUUGCUGUAGCCAUAUCAGCCUUCUCAGCCACAGUAAAACAACUUGUGCAAGGAAGCAUGAAGAUAGGGCUGCUCAAUAUCAUUCUGGAGAAGAGAAAUGCCUUUUUAGAGCUGUUAAAAACUGAUUGUUUUGCUGAGAAUGAACAAUACAAGAAUACUGACAAAAUGACGAGGAUUCUCCAGUGCAGACAAGAUGAGGUGGCUGCUGUGUACCACGAGAAGGAGCUUGUGAAUGCCUUCUUAACAAUGAGUCACAAGCUUGAAGAACACAUGACAGUUGAUCUUGCUGACAUGGAAAAGAGGCAAGAGGUCGAGAUUGAAAGCUUUCCCCUGAACCACUUCAUGGAAGUUCAUCCUUUUGGGCAACUACCUUCUGACAAAGCUGGAAUUGUCACAUACUUUGAUCUUGAAGAAGAUAUCAGAAAUGCAGCAGAAGUCCUGUACACCUUCAGGGACAGCUACAUGUUCAAAGUGUGUUGGGACAACCAAGCCAGAUCUGUAGCUGUCAAAGAAUUGGGGAAUGAAGACUCUGAUGAACACAAGAUAGUGGAUUUGAUGUUAACACCAGAAGAUAUACAUUAUGACAUUUUCGAGCCUUGUUUUUCUGAUUAUAAAGACAUCUACACUUGCCUGAAGAACGGCACAAUGACACUUGAAAAAGUCAAAGAACUAUUCAGACAAUACAAGGGCAAGUACAAAGAACUUGCACAAGACCUGGACAUGAUGUGCAGAAUUGAUAAUUCAGUCGACAAACAAUGGAUUCCCACAAAGGUUGAACAGAUUGAGCAGUAUCAUGAACUUCAUCUAGCUGUGGCAUCUGCUGAGGUCAUCAUGAUGGUCAAGGAGACGCUUGGUCUUCAAGGUGACUUCAGGGUUCUGCAGACACUCAUAGAAGUUAAUCAUGCACAUUUUCAGAAAGAGCCAUUGAAUCGGAUUGACAAUGAUUUGAUGCAGGCAAAAAUGGUUCUUGUGGACAUUACUGAACCACGCAGACUUUGUCUACAGGAACUUGGACAAAGAAAAUGGUUCGUAAAAUGGGUAAAGGAUGCACUUGAAGAUAUCAAUGAGCUCAAGGUGUUUGUCGAUCUGGCCUCUAUUUCGGCGGGAGAGAAUGACAUGGAUGUGGAUCGUGUUGCUUGCUUUCACGAUGCUGUUCUUGGCUACUCUUCAUUGCUUUAUGAGCUCAAACCAGACUGUGGUUUUAAUGCCUUCAAAGAGAUGCUCAAGAAACUCUGGAGAGCUUUGGAGAAUGACUGCAACCUACCAAAAAAGCUGCGUGACAGUGCACGUCAUCUGGAAUGGCUGAAGACUGUGAAGGACAGUCAUGGGUCGGUGGAGCUCUCAUCUUUGUCAUUAGCAUCAUCCAUCAACAACAACGGAACCUACCUGAUCAGGGCAAAAAAUGUAAAAAAGCUGAACCUUGACACAGUGCUGAAGCUGCAGAUUCUGGAGACCCAUGAUGAAGGUCAGCAGUGGCGCGAUUAUUCUCUUGAAGAUCUACGAGAACUCCAGAAUAAACUCAUGCUCAUGUCUGGAAAAGGUGAUCAGGGACAGAAGGAAGUUGAUCACUUUGCAGAGGUUUUUGCCAGCGUUCAAAGGCUAGGUGAGGCAUUCAUUGCCUUGUACACUGCUGGGAACCCUUUAUUCAGACACUGGGAAGCUCAAAUCAGAUGCAGCAUAACGAGUUAUGAACCUAGCAUCGUAAUGGACUUCAAUCUAGGGAGUGUGCUCAGUGUUGUCAUUGUGGAGGGCAACAUAGAAGAGCAACUUCCUGAACUUUGUAAAAAAAUGGAAAAAUGUCUGGAGUACUGGAUGGACUUUAUGGACAAACAGAGAUCACAGCAUUAUUAUUUGAACUAUUAUACAGCGGAACAGAUUGUGUAUCUGUGUAGUAAGUUGACACAGCAGAAUGUGACCACUGUGGAGGAGCAAGUUCUCACGAUGCUUUCCUUUAUCAAACCGAACUGCACAGCCUCAGAUCUCAGGCAGGCACGGCAUGCACUCCAAUACAAAAUGCUCACCAGAUCGCAAGAACAAAAUGAGGACCUCGAUUUUCAGACUUUUGUGUUGCCAAAAAGUCAAAUGGGAGACCAAGAGUCCACCGGCGAGCUGGAUCCUCUGCCAAGUAUUGUGCAUCAAGCAGGUGGUUCUCAAAAUUUUGACUUGAUAUGGAAUGCUUAUAUGAAAGACAUGAAGAAUUUUCUUCCCCACAUUCUUGAUACAAAAAGCCUUGGAAUAUUGUUGGAAGUCCUAGCUAAAGAACAUGAGGUUGAUGAAGACUUUUCUGAAGUCCACACCAGGAUGUACAUUAAAAGGGAGCUACCUCAGGGUCUGAUGACUGGGAAACCAAACCUUAUUGUUUGCCCACAAGAAGAGGUCUUGACAUGUUGCAUAUCUCUUUACAUGAGCAGUGAACAUGAGACACUUCCCACUUACGACGAAGUUCUCCUGUGCAACUCCUCGACGCCUUAUGAAGAAGUGGAACUGUUCCUCAGGCGUUGUCUCUCUGUAGGCUAUAGAGGACAAAAGAUAUACACUCUCCUCUAUGGAGAUCUACUUACCUACGAUGUAAGCUCUAAAAUCGACACCUUUUUUCAGCAAAUGAAAAUGCAGAGUAGAAAAGACUACAGACUUGUUGUUAUCUGUAGCUCAGAAAGAGAGCGUGCCUAUCUUCAAUCAGCUUUCAGUCAGUACAAACUACACAUGGUUCCCCAAGAGCCAUUGGCCAGGAUCCAGAGGUACCUCCACCAACACUAUGUUGUCUCAGCAGAUCAAAACAGUGCUGCAGCUGCUUUCAAAGACCGCCUGUGUGUGGGAGUUGUAUCAUCCAAAAGAGCUGGUGUUGGUAAAUCUCUCUACAUCCGAAGGCUUUAUGAAAAACUGAUGCAUUUAUCUAAAAAGCCACCAGUGAUGAAAUGUAUUCGCAUGAUUGAACCACAUGUUGAUGAAAAUGUCAUCCUUCAGUCUUUGCUCAAGAGCACUAAGACAGGAGCACUCACAAUUUUCCAUUUUGAUGUCACAUCAUCGGUGCAGAAAGGCCUCCAUGAGUUUCUCUUCAAGCUGUUGAUUCUGCGAUAUCUGGUGGGCUCUGAAGGCGAGAUGUGGAAGUGUAGCAACAAGCAUCUGUACAUUAUUGAACUUUUAGAACAAGCUAUGAAGCCAUCCAGAAGUGCAACCCAAAAGGCUCAAACUAGGUCAUUCAUUGAUGUGUUUCCCAACAUAUUCUGCCAACCACCUAAAAAAGUGCUAAUGCUAGAAAUGAGGAAGCACGAAGAUCCCACCAUUGUGAACAGUGAGGACCCGCUGAUGGAUGACGAAGAAUUCAGGAGUGCAGCCUUCCAACGACCAUACCAAUAUUUAACUCGGUUUCACAACCAUAUUGAACUUGACAUGUUCACAUAUCAUGGUGUUGAAGGGUCACAUGUGGAAUGUCUUCAGGUGCUUCUCAUGUACUGUGGCAUUAUGGAUCCAUCCUGGGCAGAACUCAGAAACUUUGCGUGGUUCCUAAAUCUCCAGCUACAAGAUUGUGAGACAUCUGUUUUUUGUGAUGCCACUUUCAUUGGAGAUACUCUCACUGGUUUUAAAACCUUUGUGGUGGACUUCAUGAUUCUGAUGGCAAAGGACUUUGCCACUCCAUCACUCAACAUCUCUGACCAGAGUCCUGGAAGAAUCCAAGUCGACCUGACUGGUGUUCGUGAUGAAGACUUGGCCCCUUUUUUGAUUCGGAAAAGAUGGGAAACUGAACCACAUCCAUACAUCUUUUUCAAUGAUGAUCAUGUGUCCAUGACCUUCAUUGGGUUUUAUCUUCAGCCCAAUGAACAGAAGUUUGUAGAUGCCAUUGACCCCACAUCUGGAAGAGUCAUUAAAAAUAAUGUAAUGACCUUGUCAUUGUAUGAAGGCCUGAAGCUUCAGAGAGUCCCUUUUAACGUGGACUUUGAUAGCCUACCACGAGGGGAGAAAAUUGAACGACUCUGCAGUGUUCUCGGGAUCCAGUGGCCUCUUGACCCAGAUGAAACUUAUGAGCUCACCACUGACAACAUAUUAAAAAUGCUUGCGAUUCAUAUGCGUUUCCGAUGUGGCAUCCCUGUCAUAAUCAUGGGAGAAACGGGGUGUGGUAAGACCAGGCUCAUCAGAUUUCUUUGUGAGUUGCGGCGGAGUGGUGUUGCUACUGAAAACAUGAAGCUGGUCAAAGUGCAUGGAGGAACAACUUCAGGGAUGAUUUACAAUAAAGUCGAAGAAGCAGAACUCAUAGCUUCCACCAACAAAGAAGACUACGGCUUUGAUUCUGUUCUCUUCUUUGAUGAGGCCAACACCACAGAGGCCAUCAGUAGUAUUAAAGAAGUACUGUGUGAUAAGACCAUCAAGGGGGAAAGCUUGAAAGCCAACUCUGGAUUGCAGAUUAUCGCAGCCUGCAAUCCUUAUCGAAAGCACACAGAUGACAUGAUUCAGAGGUUGGAAUCUGCUGGCCUUGGGUACAGAGUUCGAGCUGAAGAAACAGAUGAAAAGCUUGGAUCUAUCCCUCUGCGCCAGUUGGUGUAUAGAGUUCAGGCAUUGCCACCAAGCAUGAUCCCGCUGGUGUGGGACUUUGGGCAGUUAAAUGAUCAAACAGAGAAAAUAUACAUCCAACAGAUUGUUCAAAGAGUGAUUGCAAUGAAGGGACUUGACCCAGAUUACAUAUCAUUAAUCACAGAGGUCCUUUCAGCCUCACAGAGGCACAUGCGGAAAAGAAAAAAUGAGUGCAGCUUUGUUAGUCUGAGAGAUGUGGAACGCUGCAUGCAGGCUUUUGUUUGGUUCUAUGAGAACCAUGAGAUGUUUUUUGAAGAGCUUGAAGAAUUUGAGAAAAAUCAAAGUACAGAGAAAAAUGAAAAACCCCAGAAGUAUGCAGAAGAUAGAGACCCUGUACUUUGGUCCCUUGUUAUGUCCAUAGGAGUGUGCUACCAUGCUUGUCUAGAAAAAAAGGAGAAGUACCAACAGAUUGUGUGCAAAGGCUUACCAGGAUACAACCAAGCAAAAAUAAAGCAAGACAUCUCAGUGAUGCAGGAUUUGCUUUUAAGCGGAGUGCCACUAGGGGAAACUAUUGCAAGAAAUGGUGCCCUCAAAGAGAAUGUCUUCAUGAUGGUUCUCUGCAUUGAGCUAAGAAUCCCUCUUUUCCUUGUUGGGAAACCUGGCAGUUCAAAGUCUCUGUCAAAAACUCUGGUAGCAGAUGCAAUGCAGGGACAAGCUGCUCACUCUGACCUCUACAAAAGGCUGAAACAGGUUCAUUUGGUGUCCUUCCAGUGUAGCCCUCACUCAACACCAGAAGGCAUUAUUAAUACAUUCAAACAAUGCGGCCGCUUCCAGGAAGGAAAAAAUCUGGACGAGUACAUUUCAGUUGUGGUUCUGGAUGAGAUUGGAUUGGCUGAGGACUCCCCAAAGAUGCCACUGAAAACCCUUCACCCUCUGCUGGAAGAGGGAUGUAUCGAUGAUGAUCCACUACCACACAAAAAGGUUGGGUUCAUUGGCAUCUCCAACUGGGCUUUAGACCCUGCAAAAAUGAACAGAGGCAUAUUUGUAUCUCGUGGUGAUCCUGAUGAGAAGGAACUCAUUGAGAGUGCUAAAGGAAUAUGCUCAUCUGAUGCAAUGGUUUUGGAGAAGAUCAGAGAUUUUUUUAAACCCUUUGCGAAAGGCUACUUGAGGAUCUGUCGCAAGCAAGGAAAAGGCUUUUUUGGCCUACGUGACUAUUACAGCUUGAUUAAGAUAAUUUUCGCAGUGGCCAAAGCUUCUCAACAGAAACCAACAGCAGAGGAGAUUGCGAAGGCUCUGUUAAGAAACUUCAGUGGCAAGGAUGAUGUUCAUGCACUUCGUGUCUUUACCGAAAGACUGCAGAUUGCCCCAAACCUUGAAAAUAUCAGUGCAAUUGAGUUUGUGAGACAGAACAUUCAGGCAGUUGGCCAAGAUGACGAAUGCCGUUACUUGCUGGUGUUAACCAAAAACUAUGUUGCUCUACAGAUUCUCCAGCAAACCUUCUUCUCUGAAUGUGGCCUGCCAGAAAUAAUCUUUGGUUCCAGCUUCCCAAAAGACCAAGAGUAUACCCAAAUAUGUCGCAACAUCAACAGAGUAAAGAUCUGCAUGGAGACAGGUCAGACUGUCGUACUCCUAAACUUGCAGAAUCUUUAUGAAAGUCUCUAUGAUGCACUUAAUCAGUACUAUGUUUACUUGGGAGGACAAAAAUAUGUGGACCUGGGACUGGGAACCCACCGCGUCAAAUGCAGAGUGCACCAAAACUUCCGGCUCAUUGUAAUUGAGGAAAGUGAAGUAGUGUACAAACAAUUCCCAAUACCUCUCAUCAACAGGCUGGAGAAACAUUAUCUGGACAUCCAAACUGUCCUCACAAGGGAUCAAAAGAGGAUUGUGGAUGAAUUGGAGAGAUGGGUUGUCCUUUUUGUCUCCCUCAGCAGCCAGCAUGCAACAGUGACCCAGACGUACAAAUACCUCCCGCCAGAUGUUUUUGUUGGCUAUCACUCUGAUACCUGUGCUUCAGUGGUUCUUCAAGUCAUAGAAAAGCAGAAGGAUGACAUGGAAAUUUCAGAUAAUGGCAGGAGCAUCUUGGAUGAGGCUAAAUUUAACUUGCUCAAAUGCGCAACUCCUGACUCAGUGGUGCGGUUGGACUGCACAGACCUUCCCAAAGUGGAAAUUGAAUAUCUGUCCAGGGUCUAUUUCAAGGAGCAGAAGAGCAGUUGUUUAAGUGACUUCAUAUUUGCUCACAUACGCCAAGAGGCACAUCGCCGCUCCUUCACUGAGGUGACGACAUUCUCCAGACUUCUGACAACAUCAGACUUGGAGCCCUUGAAGCAGGUGUUGCACACUGUGGCGCUUCUCUCCCUCCAGCAGUUUGACACAGAACAAUCAUUCUUAAAGAAGAUAAGGAGUUUCCUGACGGAAGCAAAUGGGCACAUUCAGGCUAUGAACAAGAUCCUCAUCAUUCAGUGCGAUUAUGAUGAAACCUCUCAAAGUGCCAAUCUUAUUGCGUCUGCAAAACAUUCAUCUAUCAAUGAAAUCAACAAGAUAAGUCAGGAGAACACAGGAAGCAAGGUGUUUGUCUACUUCAUCACCAGACUUCCGAGAGUGGAAGGAGGGACGUCCUAUGUUGGUUUUCACGGAGGCCCUUGGAAAUCAGUUCAUAUUGAUGACCUCAGAAAGUCAAAAGAUAUCAUUUCAGACAUCAAAGCCUUGCAAAACAUGACAAUCAGCCAACUGUUUGAACAAAAGAAAUCAUCUGAAGCAAUGGAGGUAGAUGAUGACCUGUACAAUGAGAAUGAGCAGGAUGAUGGCGAAUUUGAGAAUGAAAAUGGCUGGGAUACCGUUCUUGAUACUACAGGGCUCGUGCGGAGCUGUGUGCAAAGUGCAGUGGGCAUGCUGAGGGACCAAGUGGAAAGUGGGUUCCGCAGUAUGCGGCGAGUGGAGAUCCUUAUGACCCUCCUCACUGACCAUGGGGAAUUUGUCCACACUGUGAAGCGGUACCUUCACUCCCUGCUUGCAGCUCAUGAGGGUAACGCCUUCUCCGCCUUUAAAAGUAACUGGGUCAUUAAGGAGGCCUCCAACAUUGACGCCUUGCAAGAAGGCGGAACAUUCAGGCACACCCUGUGGAAGCGAGUUCAGGCUGUGGUCACCCCCCUCUUGGCUCAGCUGGUGUCAGUCAUUGACCGGGAUCAAAACUUGGACAUUUUGCUAGACAGCAACUGUGAUGAAUCUGUUAAGAGGCUGUGGUUGGAUAUCUUUGGAAUUGAUAAGUUGCUACAAGUCUCACACAUAACACUGGACCACAUCUCUGAAACAAGGAUGAUCGUUGUGCAGAACUACAUUGCCUUAGACAGGAAUACUGGUUGCACUAUGCCAUUCAGUUGGAGGAUCAGGGACUACCUAGAGGAACUCUGGGUUCAUGCACUUCACCGUGAAGGCCAUACCCAGCGUGAGUUUGAUGAGUUCUUCUGGAAGACUCCAUUGGGACGAUGUAUUGCUAAGGCAGACCCUGAAAUGCAGACAGAAUUUUUUCAGCGCUACCUACAGGAUUUUAUCUCCAUGACGAUGAACGUGACUUGUCAGGAUGAUCUACAGCUACUGUGUGGUGCUUUGAACUCUUGUGUCAGUGAGUUGUGGUCGCAGCACGAUGACAAAGAAAUGCCAUUAUCACUUCCAUGGGUCCAUGCUGCUUAUCACAAAUUCAAGAAUCGACUGCAGAAUCUUUCCAGAAUGAUCUGCAUUGAGCCCCAGGUGACCGAGAAUCUCUCGACAAUCUCUCGUGCUCGUGAUGGAGUGGAACUGGUACUUGACGUGUAUGCUGCGUUUGCAUGUGUCGAGCAUCUCGAGCCUCAAGCUCUGAACACAGAUGCUCAGAGACGAGCCUGGCUCAGACAGGUCAAAAAACUUCAGGUGCCUAUUGAGUUGGUCUGCUCAGAAAGCAGUAUGAAACAUUACGGAGAGAGGAGCAAAACGAUCGUCUCUAGAGUACAAGCCGGAUGGAAUCGUGUAUUCUCUCUGUCUGUAUUUGUGGAGCACAUGCUGUUGGGCAUCGAGGAGUUGGAAAAGAAUUUGACACCUUUAGUUUUGGAUCAUACACGAAGGCUGAACCAGAUACUGGAGAAAAAUUCUGACCUUAAAGCUCAACAGACAUUUGAGGCUGUAAUUGGUUUACUCAAGACCUGUAAAGAUGAAGCAGUUGAGCGCAUCUUCAGGUAUGGCAUGAUGCUGUGCCCAGUGUGUUUGGGAGACCCACACAACCCUCUGUGCCUUCCGUGUGAACACAUAUACUGCUUGGCCUGUAUCAAACAAUGGCUGAUGCCCGGUCAGAUGUAUUGUCCCCUGUGCAUGCAGCAAGUUCCAGAUGACUUUCCUGUGGUUCCUUCAGAAAAAAUAAGGAUUGUAGUCAACACUCACACUCAGUUCAGGAAGCAAUGCAAUGCUUUUUUCAUUGACCUGGUGUCUAGCAUGUGCUUCAAAGACAACUCUCCCCCAUGUCCAGCUGUCAUUUCUGAUUUGCUGUCCUUUCUCAUGGUGGAGACCAAAGGAUUUCCCUUCAUUGGAGCCAAUCGGCAAAUCCUGACAAAGGUGCUCUCUCCGUUUGAUGACUCUGUGGAUAAAAACCCAGUGGUUCGGUCAGUUGUGCUCAAACUCCUGCUGAAAUACAGCUUUGAUCAAGUUAAAAGGUACCUGCAGCAGCAUCUGACGGCAGUUGAGCAGAACAACAUCUUGGAGGAGGCUGACAAAACCGAAUUGUACUGCAUGUACAUCAACUGCUUGGAGGAUUCCAUGUUUGAGAGGUUACAGUUCAGAUCUGCAGCAGACCAGCAGCUGUGCCUGAAGGAUGAAGGUGCUUUCCUGAAUGACUACUUAUCAGAUAGUCAUUCCCCAAUAACAGCCACCAUAGACUACUUGCAGCAGGUGGCCAGGGUGCGAAUGGACCUGGAUCUGGCUGCUCAUCUCCUUGUGGAAAAACUCACAGCUACAGGACCUCGUGAGGGUGGUCACAAUGGAACCACUGCAUUCCUGAAUGGUGUGAUGAAUCUGUGUCGGUGCAGUGGCAAUGACUGGUACCGUGUCUACAUAAUUCGGAAGAUCUGCAGUCAGCAGGGAGUGGAGUUUGUUCAGAAGCUUCUCACAGUGAAUGAACUGCAAUGGCUCUUCCCUGAAAAACUUCUGAAUAAGAAGGACGAAACCAGCCCCAUAGACCAGUUUCUUGUCUGUGGAGAAGAUUAUAGGGAGAUCAGAAAUGCUGUGGCAAAGGUACUCCUAGAAGGCAAAAAGGAUGGACUUGACGAGACCUGUGAGGGAUGCAAAUGCUUACCUAAAAAGACAACAGCUUAUCUUCUCUUGGCGCUCUACAGAGAAGUCACCCUGCUCUAUAAAGAAGCCAAUACAAGCUUCCAUCCCAAGCCUGAGCAGUUGCAAGCCUUGUUGACCUUCAGCCAGGCUUCCAGAGUUCUUCACACUCCAGAGAUGAAGGUCUUUGCUCGGGCCCUUGUGACCAACCAGCUCGGGCCACUGACAGUGCGUCCUGGGAUCUCUGGCACACUGUGUGCGAUUAUGGAGCUAACUAUUCACCUGGCUGCUGUUUUGCUCUGUGGAACCUGCAGCAUCUUGAAUCCACUACAGCAACUGGCAAUGGCUCCUGCCAACAUGCAGGCCUCCUUUUUGCCCACCAUGCCAGAAGAUAUGCUCGCAGUGGCUCACCAAGCUAUGGGACCCAUUCAGUGGUACUAUUGUCCAAAUGGACACCCCUGCACCAUUGGUGAGUGUGGCCAACCCAUGGAAACCAGUCGAUGUUUGGACUGUGGUGUUGUAAUUGGAGGUGCCAACCACCGGCCUGUCCUUGGGUUUCAACGUGUUCAGUUUCAGGGUGAUCGCACACAGAAUGGUCACAUCCUUGGUGACCCCAGUCGUCGGGACAGUCCUGACAUGCUGGACACAAAGAGCCUUUCACCUGUUUCCUUCAACAUUGCCCGUAUGCUCACUCACAUGGCCAUGCUGCUCGGUAUCAGCAGUCACACACAGUCGAUCUCAAACAUCAUCAAGCCUCAAGUUCCUGACACAGGAACGUUUCUGGUUGCUCAUCUGCUAAAAGACAUGGAACAUCUCAUCAGGUCACUGGGCAAAGGGACCGAUGACACAGUCAAUACACUUCACCUGGUGAUCAGGAGCCUCCUGGAACCCAAGCAGCCCCAAACAUGGCCUGUUCCAUAUGACGGUCUGCUCACUACCAAAGAAGCUAGAAAUGGAUGGGAGGUCGAACUGAGCCAGUCCAUCACUCCUCAGCUGAAGCAUUUGGACAGACAGUUAAAGGAAGUGAACGCAUUCAUCCGGGCUGACUCCCGCAUCUCUACCAAUCCUGUCAUGAUGGUUAUUUUCGGUGAUCCCCAACUCUUCCUGGGCACACUUCCCUCUAAUUCACUGAUCCACAGCAAUGCAGUGUGGACCUGCAGGGAGAAAAUGUCUCUGUUGAGCCUGACCCACGUCGUAGAGCAGAAUGAUGGCAAAGACACCCUGCCUGUACUCUGGAGGUUUUUGCACAAGGAAAGAGAACUCCGGCUGGUGAAGUACCUUCCUGAUAUCCUCACUCUCCAGAGAGAUUUGGUUAAGAAGUUUCAAAACAUCACCGAGCUGACUUGUAACACCAUGGCUGAAUUCCUCCAAAGUCAGGAAGCAGUUUCACUGAGAUCCUGGUAUGAGAAAAACAUCCAAAUCUUCCUCACAUCUUGGAAUCAGCUCAGGGUGUCUUUGGCAACCAAUGGUGAGAUCAAGAUCCCGGCUGAGUUCUGCAAGAAAGACCUGGAUCUCAACAGUGAUUUUAAGGUGCUGUUACCACGGAGACAAGGCCCAGGCCUGUGCUCGACAGCCCUGGUCAGCUACCUCAUCGCCCUGCACAAUGAUCUGGUUUACUGUGUGGAUAAACACACUGGAGAGGAGACCAGUUAUAAAGUGAGCCCUGCAGAUCUGACCGAACUGCACGUGAUCCGAUACGAGCUGGAAAAGGACCUGAUGCCCGUCAUUCUGUCCAACACCCAGUACACCAUUGAGAGAGGCCAGGAGACCAUUCAGGAGUACAACUUGGCCAAAAUCCAGAGACAGAUCCUCUCCCACUUCCUGCUGGGAAAACCUCUCAUCACGCUCAAUGGCAUUCCAACACUCGUGAACAGACACGACCGCGACUACGAGAUUAUCUUCAAGGAUAUAAAGGCAAAAGUGGCGCAAGAGCCUCUUCAGACACUCGCCCUCUUUGCCCUGGCUGGUGAACUUCACUCCUACAGCGAUGUAUGUGAGGCCUUGUCCACGCUUGAAGUGGCCCUGGGCUUCCUGGCGAUGACUGGUGGGGAGCCUGAGAUGCAGCUGGCCGGUUACCUGGAGGAGGUGCUGCAAAUGGGAAGCCAGAUGCCUCCCCACAUCCUCAAGACGCUGAGCACGUGUUGUCUGAAGCACUGUGUGGCCCUGUGGCAGCUUCUGGCAUCACUGAAAUCGGAAAAUAUGCUGCGGCUCAAGAGGGAUCCAUUUGUGGGAAUCUGUGAGUCGUAUAAGGAUACCCUGGGUGAGGAUGAGCGCAGGCUGCUGACUGCUUUCUUUUCUAAGAGCAGCGCUGACAGGUUCCUGCUGGAGAUGCAUGAGUUCCUUGUGCUGGUCCUCAAAAAACCCAAAGCACCAGAUAACUACAACCCUGAUUGGAGCUUGAAAGAAACACUGGUGGGUUACAUGCAGUACAAAGACCUGGACGUUCCCAUUGACGUGGAGGAGCUCUUCCCAGAGAAGAUCCUGCUCUCCCAAUAUGUGGAAGCUUGGAAGUUCAGCGUAGCUUUCAAGCAGGAGCGCAGUCAGAGAUGAUGAGGGCACGACACUGAGCGUCAUCACGUCUACCUUCCCUGUUUUUCCUUUAUUAAAUUCCUCAAAAAAAUGUUUACAAUCAUAACAAAAUUACUUUGUGAUAUUUUAUACCUACUGAUGCGUGAGACGUUUUGAACUUUGUUGUGCCUCAACCCCAGGGUGCAGCUCACUCCAGAUGUGAGCUACGAUUCCUCUUAAAAACAAAAACAUUUUUUUGAAGUUGGUUUAAUUCUGUGUUCUUGUGUUGCAUUGCUAUUUUUUUUGUAGUCAUAUGUGAAAGUUUUUUUUUCUCACACUUUAUUUCUAAUGUGAAAUUGUUUGGACCAAAGAGAUGUGAACAUAAAAAUUUUCUUCCAUGUUAACUCAGGUGUUGAACUUGACCAUCAUAAAUUUUAGAAACGUAAGUGUAAAUGAAGCAAAUCAUUUAAUAAAGAAUAAUUCAGGUCUCAGAA